CCAGGAUAACAUAAAACACCGCUGGAGCCUUUGCCGUCAAAUGGGCGAAUGUGAUAGGCUGCUUCUAAGUAGACCUUUGGCUUGUCACCGCCAGCGCUCGCUCUUAGCCUAUCGCAGCGCACCAACACAAAAGAGGGUUUAUCGUGUUGCGGCGUAUGCGGCAGUGGCCACCGGUAGGAUUGUUAUAGCUGGUGACAGCUGAGGCGGCGCCAAUCCACUGAUGAGUCAGCCGCCUAGACUAUCCUCUCCCGCUCCCUUCUCCCCUAGCAGCCUCUACUCGGUUACUUCGUACUCACAAUUACGGAAUAACAGAACUCCUGGUAAUAGCAUCAAUCUGGCAACAACACUGCGUAGUCCACAACUGGCUUCCAUGUAUGGAGAGUACAGAACCACAAUGGCAGCAGAGCCAGUUGUUCGCAAGUGCACCCCUUUCUGCGACAAGAGCAAGGAAUGCCCAGAACACCAUGAAUUACUGGUAUCAAUUGUAAAUUGUACAGAUAUGCUUGGGUCACUCUCAAAUCUGGAUGGCUUGAAAGAGUGUGUGGAGAAGUAUGUAAAUAAAGGAUGGAAUCGAGAUGAUGAUGUUCCAGACCCUGUUUUAGAGAACAGGUUUCCUUUGAUCCACUGGGCAGCAGCCUUAGGGAAGUGUAAUGCAUUAGAGUGGAUGCUAAGCAGUGGGUUCAGUCCCGUCUCAUGCUCUUCAGGAGUUGGUGAGACUGCUCUGCACAGGGCAACUGCAUGGCUUCAUAAAUCACGGCCAAAGUUCACAGUGAAGGAACUAACACCAAAAUACAACAAAAUAGUGGGACUUCUUAAAGAGGCACUAAUUAUAAAGGAUGAGGCCCAUGGUGAAACACCCCUACACACAGCAUCAGGGAUGUUGGUAAAUGGAGAUCAUAAGCCAAACUUUUUUGAGACUUGCAUUGAAUUGAUUGUGAGACAUGCAAAAAGGAUGCCUGAAUGUUUAAGCGCCAUUGUAAAUGCUGUCAAUGAUGAUGGUGACACAGCCCUUCACAUUCUUGCAUGCGGAGAACGACAUAAAAUUGAAUUCUGUUGUCAAGCAAUUAGGACACUUGUCAAUGCUGGUGCUGACAGGAGUAUUAGAAACAAUGAAGGAAAAACAGCCCUUGAUAUUGCACUUGCAAGAGGAACUGAGUCACUUGUUGAGGAGCUUAUCAAGGUAGUUGACCAUGAUGACUCUAAUAUUCUGUCUGGUAUUGUUCACAAUGAUGAAAGCUCAGACAGUUUCUGCAACUACAACUCUCUUGCUCACUCACCCUCAAUCAGUAACACAUCUCCUUCGCUGGAAAGCCCUGUGCCUGGAACAAUCAGCGAUGGAGAAGAUGGUGAUGAGCCUUACCCACGUAUUGCUCAUGUCCAAACAGUAAAAGUUGAGCCCUUAGAAGAUGAUCAGGAUGUCGAGAAGCAAAUCCUACAGAUGCAAGAAGAACAUGCUUCAAGUACAGACCCAGGACUGAAUGCUUUGGACAUGAUGGACAGCUCUGGUUUGCUGCGACACCUGAUAGAGGCAGGGCUUCUGCAAGAUGUUACCACACUGGUUGGAAAAGCCCGGGCUCGUGAUGAAGCUAACCUCAGAAAAGUUCAGAUACAAGCAAAAGAUAUUGAAGCUCAAAUCAGCACUAAACUUAAGGAAAUUGAGCGUAUGAAGUUGGAAGUGAGCUCAUUGAAGAACAAGCGCAAACGAUGUGAUGAUGAAUGUGACAAACUGCGAAAGCGGUUACAUUCAUGUGCAAGUGCAAUGAAAGAAAUCCCCUCGGCCACUGCCACAACUAAUGAUAAGGGACAGAAAAAAAAUGAGGCAAACAACAAGGAUUCCUAGUUCCCAGGGCUAAAUUGGAGUUUAAUUUAUUUAAAGAAUUUAUUAGCAAACUUGCAUGUUAGUUUGCCAAAUUAUAGUCUUUGUACACAAUAUAAAUUGUUUGGCCUUCUAUGGUCCUGUAAAUAGUCAUUUACAUGAUUUGGUGUUAGAAUCCACACAGCCACAUGAACAACAUUUCAACAGUAGUUGCUACUUAAUAUUAUGAUACUAUUGUUAUUGUUCACAUUAUAAAAUAACAAGAACUUGAGUGGUUUUCAUAAACCUGAAAAACACAACCUGAUGUAACCCUUAUUCACUGUAACAUCUUUGUUCUCCUUUAUGCUGGCUUGUACACUUUGUUUUAGGGGUUUAUGUAAACCGCUUUGUUUGGAGCUACUUGGGUAGCCCUUUAUUAACUGUACACAACAUUAGGUCAUUUGUUAUAAACUAACCUUGACAUUUUGGCUACCUGUGUUACUAUUAGGCUUACUGUGGUACCAUUAAGGUUCCUGUACCAUUUCAAAUGGAGAACACUGUAGACUAGUGUUUCACUAGUCACUCAUUUCAAUCAACACCUUAAAGUCCCUGAGCAGUGGGCUAGAAUUCAUUCACUUUUGAUAAAAAAAAAGGUUGUACAUAUUUGUUACCAGGUGCUGUAUGGAAUAAAUUCAUUGACUUAUUA